CUAACGCUAGUGCACACACACACACACACACACACCCCCGCGCGCACACUCCACGCACUCACACACGCUCGGCGGAUUGCACAGAGAGAUACCGGAGCGAGCAGCCUUUGUGGAGCCCGCAUUCUUUCGGACGUCUGGGAUUGUAGCGCUUUUCUGUGAAUUUUCCUCCCCAUUUCGCUGACUGACUGGAGUUUGUAUUGUUGUUUUUUUUGCGAUUGUCACUGUGGUUGCGAUCGCCGACGCUGGGCUUUUAUUCCCCGGAGGAGACGACUGAGCGACAUCGCUGCGUCUUCGGGUCCCCAACUCCUGCUGCGGCUGCGAUCGCCGUGGUAACUCCCGCUCUUUGCAGAGUGUGUCUGUGCCGCCGGGAUAUCUGUGGGAAUCUGACAGCCCGUCUCCGCUCGUCAGGAAGGGAACGAGAGAGAGAGAGAGGGAGGAAGAGAGAGAGAGAGACGGGUGGCAAGGAAUGAGCUCAGAAGCGAGGGAGCCGGCUUUUUAGUUGAAGUGCGUUAAAUACCCACCCCCCCACUCCCCCCCACCCGCUUCUCCUCCUCUAUCCUCCACUCCUUCUCCUGUGUUCCGUUGUUUCUAGGACUAGCGUGGCCACACCGCCUCAUCCUCCUCCUCCUCCUCCUGCCGCUCUUCCUCUCGCUCUCUCGCGGAAGCUCCCGGGCUCUAGCGUGCCCUCUGUGGUACCCGGCUCUCUCUCUCUCUCCCAGCGUGAGAUUCAGGGGCGAGUUUCAGCCGCGCGCGGAAACAGUCAGCCACAGGAACCGCUCCGCUCUGCCUCUCUCUCUCUCUCUCUCCCUCCGACCGGCCGCAGCCACAGGAAACUCCCCACGCCUGCUCUCCUCCGCUCCCUCGCUCCGUCCCGCGUCCGUCUGUCCGGUGCGGAUCCUACGACCUCCCGGGGACCGGGGGCAACCGGGGGCGCAGACAGCCCGCCAGCGUGUUUUCCUGCGCCCGAUUAGAACGAUUUCAGCUACAUGGGCAAACGCUUGGAGCAGCAACCAAUGUACCCACAGUACACCUACUACUACCCACAUUAUCUCCAGACCAAGCAGUCCUAUGCCCCUCCCCCUCACCCCAUGGCUCCGCCCAGCCCCAGCACCAACAGCAGCGGCCACAGUGGAGCCGAGCAGCUCAGUAAAACCAACCUGUACAUCCGCGGCCUUCCUCCAGGAACCACCGACCAGGACCUCAUCAAGCUCUGCCAACCGUAUGGGAAAAUAGUGUCAACCAAGGCCAUCCUGGACAAGAACACAAAUCAGUGUAAAGGGUAUGGUUUUGUGGAUUUCGACAGCCCAGCCGCAGCUCAGAAGGCUGUAGCGUCGCUCAAGGCCAGCGGUGUCCAGGCUCAGAUGGCCAAGCAACAGGAGCAGGACCCCACAAACCUGUACAUCUCCAACCUGCCGGUGUCCAUGGACGAGCAGGAGCUGGAGAACAUGCUGAAGCCCUUUGGCCACGUCAUCUCCACGCGGAUACUGCGCGACGCCAGCGGGGUCAGCCGGGGGGUGGGCUUCGCCAGAAUGGAGUCCACUGAAAAAUGUGAAGUGGUGAUUCAGCAUUUUAACGGGAAAUAUCUGAAAACUCCACCCAGCAUCCCCACACCCUCCGAGCCUUUGCUGUGCAAAUUUGCAGACGGAGGACAGAAGAAGAGGCAAAACCAGACCAAAUACCCCCAGAAUGGACGACCGUGGCCCCGGGAAGGAGAGACAAGCAUGGCAUUAACAUACGACCCUGCUGCUAUGCAGAACGGGUUUUACUCCUCACCAUACAGCAUUGCCACAAACCGUAUGAUUGCACAGACAUCCAUCACGCCCUUCAUCGCUGCUUCUCCUGUUUCAACGUAUCAGGUCCAGAGUACGUCAUGGAUGCCUCACCAACAAUACGUUAUGCAACCAGCAGGUGCUGUGAUCACGCCAGCCAUGGACCACACCAUGUCCAUGCAGCCCGCCAGCAUGAUGGGGCCCCUCACCCAGCAGAUGAACCACAUGUCUUUGGGUACUACAGGAACUUACAUGACUGCUGCAGCUGCAGCUGCUCCUAUGCAAGGGACGUACAUUCCCCAGUACACUCCUGUGCCUCCGUCUGCUGUCCCCGUGGAGGGCGUGGUCACGGACACCACGGCCCAGACGGUCGCCCCCUCCUCCCAGGAUGCCAGCGGACAGCAGCAGCCUUUGCAGGUGGAGAGUGCCAGCGACCACGCGCCGGUCUACUCCUACCAACAGUCAAAAUAAGGACGGGAAGGAGAGCAUUCCUGUGACAGCGAUGCCUUGAGACGGGGAGACUGCACUGGAGCUGAGGGCAGAGGGAGCGUCCGGAUCGCACAGGCACCUAAAGAGAUACUAUUUCAUUUCCUACCUGACCUGAGCGAGAAGAGAGAGGGGGGUUUCACACACAGUGCAGAGAGGGUCAGUCUGGUCACCUGACACAUGGGUUUAUUGACAGCCAAUGAGAGGCUUGAAUCUUUUUCUUCAUGAAAUUUCUUGACUUAAAAAAAAGUGCAAAAGAAAAAAAAAAAUGAAUGUGCAGGUAGGUUUCAGCAGUGGUGAUUUUUUUUAAUUAGGAGAGGAAGCAUGUUUGAAAAGAAAAAAGUUAUCUUCCUCAGAUAUUAAGCUACUCCUUUUAAUUCUUUUUACUUGUGUUAAAUUUUAGUUUUCUAGAGAACUUAAGCAAGGUUUUUUCUUGAAUCUUUAUUGCCUUAAUUUUAAGGACGUGAGAGACUUUUCCAAAAGCGAUCAGUCAAGCGUCUUGUUUUAAAAAAAAAAAUUAUGAAUGAAUGACACGGCCUCUUGUACCAAUUGAAUGGUGCAAGAUAUAAAACAGUCGAGUCGAGGUAGGGGCAGGAAAUCUAUAGAAUAAGCUGUACAGAUUUAAUAAAGUUUUUUCUUUGUUAGAAGAAAACUUUAAUGUUCAAUCAGUGGCAACUGAGGAGGUUUUAAAGUACAGAGGAGACAGAACGUCCAUCGAGGAGGAGAUCAGGAAAUACAGGAAUCUUUUGGAUUUUCAGAAUGAGAAAAUGACUGCAUCGUAGGAGAUGCAGGUUAUUGCAAAAUGCAGAACUUGUUUCUUUUUUAUUUCACAUGGCAAAGUUGCUAUCAAUGGCAUUAGUGCUUUUUAUCUGCGACCUUUUUUAUGAGCUUUACAAAUGUUUCUAGCCCGCUUUGCUUGUCACACUGCAAAAAAAAAAGAAAUACAGUACAUAAAAUAAACAUGUUCAAAAAUAAAAACAAAAAAAAAAUGCCUAGCAGUGCAAAACUUCAUAGAUAGGAGCUUACGGUUAAAACCAGUUAGCGCAAAAGCAAUAGAUAGAAGAAAUUGUUGACAAUUUCUGUAGUCUUUCUUAGCUGUUGAUCAAAUGCAGCCAAUGGAUGGCCUAUUUUAUACCAAAGACAAAGAAACGCCUAGGAGCAGCGGGGGGAGAUAGAGCUCUUUUCUUUUUUAAUUUGAUUUCAUUUUUGUCAUUGAUGUCGUUGUUCUUGAUGACGGUGUUGAUUUUUAAGUCUUUAUUUGACCUAGAUGGCCGGACCAGUUUUUACUUUUUUUUUGCCAUGUAUAAACUACCUUCCACUUGUGGUGUAGACUAGAGAAAUCGCACAGAUGCUCAAACCUACUGGGAGUGUGUGAUGUUGCCUGUGAACAGGUCUAAACGCUGUCACGCUGGGCACAUUGGAGAGCUGUGUAUCAUGUGUGUGUUACUCUGUAUUGUUUCUAAGGAGGAGAGUGCUGCAGAUGCAUUACUCCUGUGAGAAGGUUAAGGCUGGAGUGGUUAAUGCUGGGGGGAAGUGAUCUUGCAUCCUCCUCUUAGCCUAUUGCCGGUUGACUGUUUUUAUUGACGGCGUGUCUCCGUGAUGGCAGUGGACAAUGAUUUGUUCCAUGUGGUAUCCAACUCAAGGCUGUGUAGAGAAUCUUUUUUAUUCUCCUUCUUUAUUCCUUUUUGUUUUUCUCCAUUUAUCAAGAAGACAAGCCAGUUCAGCUCUGUUGAUAAAUAAAUACAUAAAUAUCUGUCCAGCUGACACCUCUGUGUAUUUAAACUGCAUGUCCAACUACCUCAUUCUUUUGCCAUUAUCUCACAAGGAAAUACUAAAAAUAAAGGAAAACCUCAAUCAGGUGAAGAGUCAGUACAGUAGUAAGUAGUCAGAAGGUAGACUGAGAGCCCAGUUGGAGUUUUGUGGUUCUUUAGCUGUAAAUAGUCCACCAUAUUACACCCACCCACACCCCCAGGCUUGUCCUUGCCUGGUGUCGUAGAUGGAGUUCUGUAAUCUCUUUUGCCCUCAGACAACAUUUCCUUCCCGAGCAGAACAGUAUAGUGACAUUACAUUUAAGCUAACAUUUAGAGGGUUUGAACAAUUCUUGACCUUGGAAUUAUAAGGAUCUAUCUGCAUUCUGAGUAGCUUUGAGCUAUCGAGCUUCAAAGCUUUCACAUCCUAACCCAGCAAAAUUGAAAGUGAGGGCAGCUCUUCAUAGAUGAAAAUGACAGAAACCAUAAAAGAAAAGAAAUCCUAUCAGAUUGCCCUAUAAACAACAUAUGACAUUUACUCAUUUUUAUAAAAUAAAUAUAUAUAUAUUCAGUAAGAAUCUUAUUAUUCAAAUGCAUAAAGUUUUUACUUUCAUUCUUAGGCAAGCAAUUGCAACAACUCUCAAGGAUUGCACAGGGCUUUAUGAGAAAUGUACCAACCAUGUAGCAUCCAGUUAUUUUAAUCAUAUGUUGAAUUCUUCAAAACAAUCAGAUUAUGUUUUGAGUGCCUUGUUUCACCAAAAAGUAAGUUUAUGUAAAUGCAAAAAGCACACAAAUGAGCCGUUUAAAUACUAAGCUCUCACAUUUUUCCAAAGAUAAAAGUUAUCUUUGAUGUUCCAAAUGUACAGAACAAUCUUAUAAUAAGGUGCUAACAGAAGGUUAUGAAUUCAAAGAGAUUAUGAACAAGAGGCCCACUGGCUGUCUCUGAUCAGCUGCUAAUUUGAUGUGCAUCCUACAUUUUGAGUGAAUUAAAAAAUUAAAAGGAAAUAAUAUGAAGAAUAACUAUUGUCAUUCUGAAAAUGCAGAAACAGAUGUGACUCAGAUCUCAAAAUCUUGAGUUACCGGUUUUGAAUAUUAAACUCUGAGGGACUGAGGAUGGAAGUAACCAUUGUAAUUUAUGUUACCAUUCAUCCAGUCUCAACACAUCACAAAGAUCCACCUGGGCUUCAUAGUCGAUCCAGUUUGGAGAUUCCUGUACUGCUGUAGGUCUGUCAUUUUGAUGACCUGUUGGAUAUUGGGUAUAGACCACCAUUCACACUUUAAUUGCUGACAGUUUAAAUACACAGGGCGAGCUUUGCUUGUGGCUGCUAUUGGUCUGUUUUAUUUUCCUGUUUUCCUUUUUUACCAUAUGCUUUCAAUUAUUUUUAUUAAAUAGCUUAGUAUCAUACAUAGUACCAUUAUUGCAGUCAGGCACUUUUUACAUGUAUAUGUACAAAACCAUCCUAUUGAGUCUUCUUACCCUCCUUUUUUGCUGCCCGAAAUUGUUAUAUAAAAAGGGAAAAACGAAAGUUAAUUCAAUAAUUUAGCUUAAUUAAGAUUUGGAACUAAUGUCCACAUGACAUUAAAAUGAAACAUUUCAUAGAUUUUAGGUGACUUGACCUAGUUUCAGCAAAAUAAGGAUGUUCUCCAAGUGUCAGACUGCAAAAACUCAAAAUACAGAGCUGAUUUUCAGAUUAUAAUUUUUUUUUUCGCAAGAGCUACAUUUCCUUGGUAAAAACUCCACAGUCAAGGUUCGGUUAUGACUCUGUAGAUAAGAGAGGGACCCCUGUCUAUGCCUGUAAGACUUACUGUAAAAAUAUUGUUGGAAUUCCCCACACACUUUUCUAAAAACUCCUCCCCCAACCAUGGAUUGUUCUUCUGCCUCUAUUGGGGUGUAACUGGGUGCAUUGGCCAGCUGGCGGGCUCUGUUCUUCAGGACAUGUUAUGGUCAUACAGUAGUCUCCUGGACCAUGACAAAAUGGCCGCCGUCCUUGGAGUAUGUAGCACCAUGCCUCAUGCCAUGAACAGACCUGUCCUGAGAAAGACCAUCUCACUUCUCCUCUUUAGUCCAAGAAGGAAAAAAACAUAGAACUUUGUUGUUAUUGUUUUUUAUAUGCUGUAACUUUUUGUCUCCUGCCUUUUUGACAAACAACUCUAACAUAUUAGCUGCUACAAAGUAUUCAGUAUUCAAGAGCCAGAGCUUGGGGACAGGGGAAGGUGUCGCCAGCUUAACAUGGUCAAGUUCAAAUUUAAGCCUCAUAUUAUACUGCUUUGCAUUCAGAUCCUGCUGUGAAUCAUUCUUUCAACCAAUCAAUCUUUCAGUCAUUUUGUCUAGAGCUGCAAGGUUCCUUCACAUUCAAAUUCUUACAAAGGCUUUGGUUGCUUUCUGCAGUCGGCAAAAUCACUGUUGUUCCAGUUUUUGCCAAGAACAGCGUUUCCCAACCUUUUUCCUUCCACAGCACCUUUUCCAAGUUUACAGAAUCUAAUGGCACAUCACUCUCAAAAUCGAGUGAUGUAAACUGAUGUAACUCGUGAACAGUAGGCCUUUUGUUCAUUUAGCGGUUGAAAUGCAUCGAUCUUGUCCACUUUUGGAGCAGAAUUAAGAGGCUAGAUCGAUUAUAUUCUAGCCUCUUAAAUAUAAUAUUUUAUCGACACAAUGUUACAUAUGACAGUCAGGGUAUAGCUUUGCCAACUAGACGCUGGAAAUAAUAUAGCCUAUGAGCAGAGUAUACAAGUGUAGCUAACAUUAGUUGUUUUAACUAGACAGACCAUUGUGACCACUUAGUUCAUAUGAACAUAAAUGUAGCGAGUAGAUGUAGACUUACCUCAGGAAAUAGCCUAUUGCAUCAAACUUGGCCAGCUGCUAAUAAUUCAUACCGCAGUGCCAAUAUCAACAGUAUCACUCACUCACACAAUCAGCUUAACGGUGGACAUCAAGUUCAGGAUACAGACAACUUUACUAACAUGAUGCUGGAAAUAAUGUUGAAACCUUUGUAACCACAUUCAAGAUAAUCUAGCUAGCCAAUGAAUAAUUGACUCAAACUAUCUUGUCUCCUCAAAAGAAGUUCUGGAGCAGUGGCUUGCAAAAGUUAAGAUGCAACACUCCAGUGUGCGAAAGAGACUACAGUCAGUGUCAAAGGCCCACUCUCCUCUCAUGUCCAUGUAUAGCAAGGGACGGUGCAAAGUGAGAGAAAGAGUAAGCAUCUUUAUAGGAAAAAUUUCAAAAAAGAAUUUUUGUGUAUUCAUCUCUUACAGAUUACAGAAGAUGUUGAUGUUUCAACACACUUGAUACCCUGCUCUAUAAAAUAGGAAAUACCUCUUAGUUGAGAGUUCCCAGACUGUAGGCUUGUGUUUUAGUUGUCUGAGGAACAGAUGACAUUUUUUAUGAGACGCCUUUCCCCCCCUGCCUGGCUUUAUGCAUUAAGGUUCUUGUUUCUGUUGGUUUAUUACUGUACCUCACCAGAUUUUAAGAGCACUCGACUCUAAUAGGAAAAGUGAUGCCACGUAGGUUCGGCUCUGAACUGCACUCUGUCUGAUGUCAUCUGGCAACAAGUCCUCGAGGAGUAGCGUGCUGCUGCAACCCAGCAUGCAAAUUUCUGUCGCAUUUUCAGUCUCCUGGCAGCAGCUGGCCUUCAUCUUACCUCAUUCGAGAGCCCCAUCCCACUAGAUGUUGAUUAAUGGGAGCCCUCCACUGUCAAGAAUACAAAUGUACAUGCAGAUAGCUGGCUUCCCAGAAUGGCUACCACCCUGCCUGAUAUACUUCACGCUCUUUGCUUUUUACAACGUUGCUUGACUCCUUUUUGGUUUUGUUAGUGCUUUAGAAUAAUUAUAUUAAUAUAUUUAAUUAUAUAUUUUCCCUCCCAUGGGAUUUGUCCCCCAUUUUGAUUGCAUAAAUGUUAGCAGUGUCAUGUGACUGAUAACAAGAAGGGUUGCCAUUUAUAGCCUUUACUGUAGAUACAAAAUUUUUAAUUUGGUCAUCUUUGUGCUCCUCAGUCCUGGCAGUUUGAUAUGUGGCAUUGUAUAUUACUGAAUCCUGUUAUAAAGAAGAGAGGAAAAUUCAAUGGACAUUAGGAGUGGCUUGAAUCACAUUCACUGAAAGACAGUGGUGUGUCAUUCACAGGUCUUCAGUCUUUUUUAAGUCGUAGUUGUCUGAAAUUAUCUACAUCACCUCCAUUUAAAGAUUUGUUCAUGUGGUCCUUUUCCCUCUGUCCCACCAUGACUACGAGCAGAUGGGCUUUAUUUGAGUAUUUGAGUAUGUCUAAUGAGAAACUGUGACCACACCUUCAAGCAGGUUGGCCUGCAUUUAUUAAUGAAGAAACUCAUUGUCUAGGACUCCGCAUUCACAGCCUCAGAUGUACAAAUAAAAGCUUGCUUGUGCUGUAAUGUGCUGCAAUGGUGGAGAUAGCUGUUUCAGGACUCAAAGGCUCUUUUUGAAUGAUUAAGUGGGUAAUAGGUAAAUAAUAGGAGUGAAUAAUAGCAGUUGAUUCACUUCAGAAAAAAGCCAUUUAUUUGACUCUCUUGGACCCUCUGAAGCAAGCAGGUAAAAGAUUGAAUUAUUAUUAGGAAACAAAUGUGCUUUCCAUCCGUUUAAAUAAAUUCUGUAGGGUAAAUUUAAGCCCAUGGAACUGAUGUUGUUAGUGGAUUUAUUUGCUAGGAAAUAUGGGCUAAUCUGAUUUUGCAUUACAGUAAGCUCUUCAUUUAGCAUUCAUUUAAAAAUGUGCUUCAACAGUCAAACAGGCUACAUGUUCCAUCUUCCCACUGUUCAUCACAGGAAACUGUACAACAAACCAAUAUACAGCCUGCUUUUGAGUAGUUUAAUUGCCUGUACCUGUCACCUUGUUUAAUCAACAUAUUAAACACAGUGACAGGCACAAGACCGCUACACAAUAGAGCCCUGAGUUUUGUUGGCAAAUCACUAGUAACCUAAAUUACGGACUUGCAAUAAAGUGGACCUAUAUAACGAGAACCAAAUAGCUGAGGAUGUGAUUGCAGUAUUGGAGGCCUACUGUUAGCCUAUUGGCAUGAUGCUUUCUCUGAGUGAUUUCUUUGAAAAUGAUAUUGCGCUGACACAUGAAUAUUGCAUUAAUACGCAAUUUGACUGAUGAAAUGCUUGAACCUCUGCUAAUUUAGUGGUUUCGGUGGAACCAGACAGAUACAGGAGCCAAAUGAACAGCUUCAUUCGGUGAGCGAAUCCAAAAGAACCGACUCCCCUAAACUACAGGGAAUGCCCAUCAGUACUUAAAAACAUAGCUUCUGAACUUUUCAUUUGUACAAUAUGCACAAAGUGUGUAGUUGCCCUCACAAAAAAGGUAUUGGUCAAACAUGGCUCUGUCAGGUGGCUUUGUCAGGUAAAACUGGCAAAGUACAGUUUUGAAACAUAUUUCUAUUGAAGACAUUUACUGUAGAGCGUAGACUGAUAUUCCUAGCUCUACUGAGCAUGGGUGUUGUCACGAGACUAUAGCAAACACAAGAGGAUUAUUUGAGUGAGUAAUUUAGCCAUCUGUGUGAGGCACAAGACGCUUAAGUGAUCCAGAGAGAGGGAAACUAUUUUACAUUUCCAUAGUUUCAACUGAGAUGGCAAUCAGCUUGUGGCUUGAACUAGAAUUGGAUGGGAAUUAGGCUUAGAUGUGCUGUUGUUCAGCUGGCUCACACUUCCCCCCCACAUCCUUCUCUGGCUCAUAAAAAACAAAGGUAUUGGAGUUACAAAUAAUCAAAAAGAUGUUCUACCAAAUUCAUUGAAAAACAGCAAAACCUCUAUUAGACUUUAAAUUAUUAAAGUGAGGAAAAAAGAAUAACAUAUUUAUGAAGUUGUUUUUGUACAGGUGUUUAAAAAAAAGAUGCGACAGAAUGGUUCUACGAUGCUAUUUUUUUAUUUGCAGCGCAGUCAUGUCUCCAUGUCUUCGAAUCGUGAUCCAGAGAUUUUCUGAAGAUCAGUGGAUGUUAGGUUUAAACUUCUGUUUUAUUAUUUUUUCUUUGAUGAAGCUUUCAAUAAAAAAGGAAAAAAUUGUC